ACUCGUCGCCCUCCCAUCGUUCUUGCUGUCAUCGGACUCGCUGCCGCCCAUGACGAUCUUCCACUCGAAUGCGCCGCCACUCGUCCCGCCGCCGGAUGAUCUGACGCUGCCACAGGUCAUGCUCGACUAUCGUGGAGGACACCCGACAAGGCCGGUGCGUCCGCGCGACAUUCCGUGGUUCGUGGAUGAGGAGAAUGGGAGGAUGGUGUUCGAGGAAGAGGUGCGAGCCAGGACGGAUGCGUUCGCAAGGGCGAUGCGGCAUGGGUGGGGAAUAGGGAAGGAUGAUGUCGUCGCGAUCUGCAGUCCGAAUCAGAUAGAUUAUCCAAUCAGCGUCUGGGCUACUCAUAGGCUCGGGGCUGCCGUCGCGAUGAUGGGCCCGUCACUCACCACAUCUGAGCUUGUAUACCAGCUCAAGCUCGCAGAGCCUGCCCUUAUAAUUGCACACGGAGAGAACAUAUCGACCGUCCUUGAGGCUGCAUUCCAAUAUGGUCUCGCGCAAGAUCGCGUCAUCGUCCUAGAUGCACAUAAAUCCCACUCGCCGGUGUCUUGUAAGUCCGUGAGCGCACUUAUCGACGAAGGACACCUGCUACCUUCAGUGCCCGAGUUCACACUUGCGCCUGGUGAGGGCAAGACGAAGAUUGCUGCGCUUUGCUUCUCUUCUGGAACCACGGGAAAUCCGAAGGCUGUCGCUGUCUCGCACUAUAAUAUUAUUUCGAAUAUUCUCCAGACAGCGACGACAAACCGCGUCAAUGAAGAUUAUGCACCUUGGGAGGACCGUAGAUAUCGUCCAGGAGAUCGAUCUGUGGCAGUAUUACCAAUAUAUCACAUAUACGGUCUGGUCGCAGUGUGGCAUUUCGCUCUUUACGUAGGAUUAUCGGUCGUGGUGGUUCAGAAAUUCAACUACGAGGGCUUGUUGCAGGCCAUUCAGCGAUAUAAGGUCACCCAUCUUUUCAUUGUACCGCCUCAAGUUGUGCUCUUUUGCAAGCAUCCGGCGACGAAGAAAUACGAUCUGUCGAGCGUCCGGGUCGUCAUGGUGGCUGCGGCACCGCUCAGCGGCGAACUUACCGCACAGAUGCUCAAGUUGAUGCCCGGUAUUCACAUGGGUCAAGGAUAUGGACUCACGGAAACGUGCGCUGCAGUCAGCCUAUGGCCCGUCUCUAGCAAAGUCGGUACGCCGGGAAGCGCAGGGCAACUCAUCUCGGGGACGAUAGCGAAGGUCGUCAGACCCGACGGCACCCUCGCGGGCGUGGGCGAACCUGGAGAGCUUUGGUUAAAGGGCGGACAGAUCACUCUUGGAUAUCAUCGGAAUGAGCAAGCGACGAGGGAAUGCUUUGUCGAUGGAUGGUUCAAAUCUGGGGAUGAGGUCAUCAUGCAAGAGAAUGGCGAUCUCUUCAUUACCGACCGUAUCAAGGAACUCAUCAAAGUGAAAGGCUACCAAGUAGCCCCGGCCGAGCUGGAGGGCCACCUUCUCGACCACCCACAUGUAGCGGACGCGGGCGUCAUCGGGCUCCCAGACGAGUACUCGGGCGAGCUACCGCUUGCGUUCGUCGUUCUCCAGCCGCACAUUGCGCCGAAGGCACAGGCUGACGGAGCGGUUGCAGCGGAGAUCCGUUCGAGUAUCUUCAAGCACGUCGCUGAAGCAAAGUCGGAGUACAAGUGGCUGACGGGAGGUAUCGUGUUCAUUGAUGCUAUACCGAAGAAUCCGAGUGGAAAGAUUCUGCGACGUUUAUUGAGAGAGCGUGCGAAGGCCAUGAUCGCACCCGCCCGGUCUCGCCUAUAGAUCUGGUUUAUACACCACAUACGCGCUCCACUAUCAUACUACGCUCCUUGAGGGCAGGAACUGUCACGCGCACACGAUGUGUUCCUCGCCAUAUGCAUUAAGCUUUGAUUCGGGUGCUACAUAGAGUACUAUUUGAUGAGAGGAGGGUGUGAUACAGUACGGCACAGAGUUGUUCGCUAUGGAAUGGCAUACAAUGGGUAUCUGGACCUUCUGAGAUACUGUUAUGAGUACAACUACAAAUUAGAAGCCUACAUUGAUACAUGACAGC